AUGCUGCGCGUAGGCUCCUGGUUGUACGGCAAGAAGCCGGCCAAUGCCUCCACACAGUCGCUGGACUCGCUGUCCGAAGUGAAAGACUCGGCCACUUUGAUCCUGAAUGACGAUGUCGACGGCGCCGAAAAUGGGCUUGCGAAGGGCACAUCGACUUUCCACAAUUUGGGAAAAGGUGUGGUAGCAUUCGUGCGCGCGACCUUGGGAUUUGAGCAGGAGAUUAUGCGACAAGGAGCGUCCGAGCGGCUUUAUGAGGCUGAGACGUCCGCCGCCAGUGAACAACACCGGGCGCAACAUAAUUCCCAUGCCCCCAAUGCUUUCCGAUCGGAGAUCUAUGCCCCGGGAACGGAAUAUGCACUAUGCCAGGCUAUUGCGCAAUUGAUGAGCGCCGUGGUCGGCGUUCUCAACGAGAGCUUGACCGAGAGUAUCAAGGCUUUCUACCGCUUGCGCAAGGCGUACAUCGCAUUGGAUGCCAUUAUGAAGAUGGAAGAAAAGUUCAUGGAGUUGAGAGACCCCAAUCGCGACCUUCUUAAUAGCUCAAGUGAUCUUUCAAAGGCCGGUCCAGUCCGAUCGGACACAAUCAGCAAGUCAUCGGAGAAAGGUCAACUCAUUUCAACAGAAGAGAAAGACCUCGCCAAGUCCCUUUCGGGAAUGGGUAUCAAUGAGCCCGCUUCUGAUGUUUCGGGCACUUCUACCCCCAACGGGUCCAAUAUUAUCACUCACGAUCCUGAUUCGGACAUCUUCCAAAAUGAGAUCGACAUCUUCGUGCACUCCGGCGCCAACUUCUGUUUCGGCAUCCUCCUCCUUCUCAUCUCUAUGGUGCCCCCCGCAUUUAGCAAACUCCUCUCUAUUAUCGGCUUCCGUGGCGACAAGCAACGGGGCCUGCGCAUGCUCUGGCAAGCCAGUAAGUUCCACAACCUGAUCGGUGCCAUGGCUGCAUUGGCGCUAUUGGGCUACUACAACGGGUUUGUCCGUUAUUGUGACAUCAUGCCCGAUCCGACUCCUGGUGAGGAUGACGUCGAGGGAUACCCGCAGGAGAGACUGGAUGCGCUGUUGGCCGAGAUGCGGUCCCGAUUCCCUAAUUCUCGACUCUGGCUGGCAGAAGAAUCGCGGAUGAUGGGUGCCAAUAAGGAUUUGGAGGGUGCUUUGGAGCUCCUGUCUUCUGAUAAUAAGAGUCCGCUCAAGCAGGUUGAGGCGCUCUGCACGUUUGAGAAGAGUUUGAACGCCUUGUUCCUGCACAGAUACGACGUGUGCUGUGAUGCAUUCAUCGAGUGUGUGGAUCUCAAUUCCUGGUCUCGGUCUCUGUACUACUACAUCGCCGGAGCUUGCCACGUCGCACUUUACCGCCAAUGUAUCGUCUCAGAUCCCAAGCAAGCCGAGAAGCAUGCCGCGGCGGCGGCCGAGUACAUCCGCAAAGCCCCAUCCCAUGCAGGCAGGAAGAAGUUCAUGGCGCGCCAACUGCCCUUCGACGUUUUCGUGACCCGCAAAAUCGCCAAGUGGGAAGCACGUGCCAAGGACUGGAAUGUUCCCCUGGUGAAUGCGAUUGGCGUGGAUCCCAUCGAGGAGAUGAUCUUCUUCUGGAAUGGUCAUAGCCGCAUGACAGAAGCCCAGCUUGAGGAAUCCCUUGCUCGACUGGCAUGGUGCGACAGCGAUGCUAACGAGACAUGGUCUCGCGAGGGAGCUGAGGAGAAGGCUAUUCUUGACCUCAUUAGAGCUGCUGUGCACCGAUCCCUGCAUAACUAUGAGAAGGCGAAGCAGAUUCUUAAGACUAAAGUUUUGAAUCAUGAAAAGGCGCUCUUCAAGGGCCAUCUUAGGGACGAUUGGGUUCUCCCGGCUGCGCACUUUGAAAUGGCUGCCAAUCUCUGGAUGGAGCGCCCGACCUACCAGGCUCUACAUGGGUUGUCUGGUAAAGCAACUACAGAAUCGGGUGAGAAGAAGCCUUUGAACGAGAAGGAGCAGGUUCGCAAGUGUAAGGAAUAUCUGGAACACGCUGCUCGGUGGGAAAGCUACGAACUGGAUGCUCGUAUCGGAUUGAAGGUCACAGCUGCGAUGGAGGCAUUGAACAGGUGGGAGAGCACACACUGA